UGGAUGACAUAUACAGUUUACUACCACAUUCUUUAUCUUCGUUCUUUCAGAUAAGGCAACCCAAGCUAGCUGCCUGUCUGUAUAUACACACAAAUUUCUAUAAUCUACAUAUCGUCACCUGGCAUUACCACUUCCAUUUUUUAAUUAAAGAGAGGGAGAGAGGGAGGGAGAGAGAGAGAGAUAUUCAUAGAGAGAUUCAUAUAUCUUCACCACCCAAGUUGUAUAUUUUCUCCUAUUGUCUCAGUACACAUGUACUUUUUCACUUCCCUGUUUCUUAUAUAUUUGCAUAUUAAUUUAUUUUCUCCUGUUUCAUAUUGAUUUUUGUAUUUGGAGGAGAAAUAUCCGCAAAGUUAGGUUUUUUAAAAGAGGAAAGGUGUUGUUGCUGGUUGCAAUGAUUUUUAUUUUGUGUUGUGUGUAUCUAAACAACAAUUAGUAGUAUUUUAUGAGGGUGAAAAAUGUGGGCUUCUUCAACACAUGUUCUUAAUGAGCACUUCACUAGUCUUAUGUCAUAACUCUAUUUUUAUAAAUCAAACUACCAAGAACUUGCAUUUGAAUUCUAGUUGUUCUAGGAGGAUUUUGGGUCAAUGGGGUUAUAAAAGGAGGCGUCGGGGGCAGAUUGGUGGUGGGUUGAUUCCUAAUGCCGAGAAAGGUGGAGGGUCUUCCAGGAAGAAGAGUUGGUGGAAGAAAUUCUUUUUUGAUGAGGAUGGUAAUUGGUUUGGCCUAAAAGAUGAGGAUAUGAUUCCUGAGGAAGAAUCUGUUAUUAAUGAUGACGAGUUUUCGGAAGGUGAAAAAUUUGAAGCUUGGAGAAGGCGAGCUGAGGCCAUUGUAGAAUUGAGGGAAGCUCAAGAAGAUAUGAGGAAUGAAGAGAGCAGGAGGUGGGAAGAUUGGAUUGUUGAAGAAACUCAUAGCUCAACUUGGGUUCAAGAACCUAGUAAUGAUGGAGUAGGGCAAUCUAGUGAUGAUUUUAGGGAAGAUCUUGCUGACUUGAUUCCAGGAAAAGGGUUUGCCAAGUCUUUGAGCAAUUUUGUUCUUGGAAAUGAAGAUGACGACUUGCUCUAUGAAGACCGUGUUUUCCAGUAUGCCUCUAUUAAUUCUGCUAAAUUCUUGGCAAUUUUGAUAAUUGUACCUACAGUUAUGGAUUAUUUGGUUCAUGAUUAUGUUCUAUUGCCUUUUUUGGAUAGGUACGUGAAGACUGUUCCACUUGCAGCACAGAUCCUCGAUGUUAGGAAGCAUCAGAAGCUUGAAAUGAUAGAGGAGUUAAAACUUGACAAAGCAAAAUACAGACUAGAGGUAGAAAUUGGUAAAUCUCCACCUCUCUCUGAUGAUGAGAUGUGGCUGGAGUUGCGACAUAAGGCCUUAGUAUUGCGGGACGAAUGGAGGCUAGAGAACCGUAAAGCCUUUGCUAAUAUAUGGUCAGAUAUGGUGUUCGGGAUCUCAUUAUUCAUUUUGUUAUACUUGAAUCAAAGUAAAGUAGCUUUGUUGAAAUUCACAGGGUAUAAAAUAAUAAACAAUAUAUCAGAUGCUGGCAAGGCGUUUGCGAUUAUACUUGUUACUGAUAUAUUUUUGGGGUAUCAUUCUGAAACUGGUUGGCAUACACUGGUAGAGAUGGUAGUUGAGCAUUACGGUAUUGAUGUUGAUCAGGCUGCUAUAACCAUAUUUGUCUGCCUAUUUCCCGUUUCAGUGGAUGCAUGUGUAAAGCUUUGGAUGUUCAAAUUCCUACCAAGAUUGUCCCCUGGGGUUGAAAAAAUAAUCCGUGAAAUGACGCGGCAUUAGCAGUAUCAUCUCUAUCCGGGAAUCUCAUUCAUUUUUUCCUGCUCAACGAUGUGCAGAAAAUUUUACCAGGGUCCAAGUGGUAUAUAUGUCUGCAAUCAGGACUUGCCAUGUUGGGUUGAGGAGUGUGUCUCUCGAUUUUGAGUAGCAAUAUGAAUAUAAUUUUUUUUAGAACCAAAAUUAAGUCGUGAACUCACAGGUUCAUAAUUCAGAUGAUGAGUUUAGCCAAACUAGUUCAUAGAAACUGGAAACAUAUUACAAAACUUCCAUUCUUUACUGUAAGCCAUUGUACUUCCCGGAGUCUACCGGGAAGCAUCUAUAAUUGAUCGAAAGUUUAUAUGCUUGAAA